GCCGGGGAGCCCGAACAGGUUUCCGGCUCCCAGGAUAGGAUCCUUGAGGGAGGCUGCGCCCCAACGCCUGUCCUGCCCUGGAGGAAUCUGGCUCGCCAGGGCUUUCCAGGACCAGCCAGCCUCGAGUGGGCGUGGGCUGCGCACAGGCACCGUCUCGUGCCUGUCCCUAGCAUGCGGGCCUUGGCUGCGAACCGUGUUAACGACCUGCGCCAGGAGCCCCAGUCCCAAGGUGCAACUGACAUGGGUGAACCCCAGGGAUCCAUGCGGAUUCUAGUGACAGGGGGCUCUGGGCUGGUAGGCAAAGCCAUCCAGAAGGUGGUAGCAGAUGGAGCUGGACUUCCUGGAGAGGACUGGGUGUUUGUCUCCUCUAAAGACGCCGAUCUCACGGAUGCAGCACAGACCCGCGCCCUGUUUGAGAAGGUCCGACCCACACACGUCAUCCAUCUUGCUGCAAUGGUGGGGGGCCUGUUCCGGAAUAUCAAGUACAAUUUGGACUUCUGGAGGAAAAAUGUGCACAUCAACGACAACGUCCUGCACUCGGCCUUCCAGGUGGGCGCCCGCAAGGUGGUGUCCUGCCUGUCCACCUGUAUCUUCCCUGACAAGACGACCUACCCCAUAGAUGAGACCAUGAUCCACAAUGGGCCACCCCACAGCAGCAAUUUUGGGUACUCGUAUGCCAAGAGGAUGAUCGACGUGCAGAACAGGGCCUACUUCCAGCAGUACGGCUGCACCUUCACCGCUGUCAUCCCCACCAAUGUCUUUGGGCCCCAUGACAACUUCAACAUCGAGGAUGGCCACGUGCUGCCUGGCCUCAUCCACAAGGUGCACCUGGCAAAGAGCAGCGGCUCGGCCCUGACGGUGUGGGGUACAGGGAAGCCGCGGAGGCAGUUCAUCUACUCGCUGGACCUGGCCCAGCUCUUUAUCUGGGUCCUGCGGGAGUACAGUGAAGUGGAGCCCAUCAUUCUCUCGGUGGGCGAGGAAGAUGAGGUCUCCAUCAAGGAGGCAGCCGAGGCGGUGGUGGAGGCCAUGGACUUCCAUGGGGAGGUCACCUUUGAUACAACCAAGUCAGAUGGGCAGUUUAAGAAGACAGCCAGUAACAGCAAGCUGAGGACCUACCUGCCCGACUUCCGGUUCACACCCUUCAAGCAGGCGGUGAAGGAGACCUGUGCUUGGUUCACUGACAACUACGAGCAGGCCCGGAAGUGAGCUGGAAGGCAGGAGCAGGUGCCAGUGGACCAUCGGCUGGCAGAGCCCAGUGGCCACCAGCCGUCAACCCUGCCAGGAGCUAAGGGCACCACCCAGCAACCUGGGCCCGCAUUCUGUCCGCUCUGCAGCCCCAAGCAUCUGUCCAGUGGGGCCCCCAUUCACGUCAGUCCUCAGGGAAACCAGGGCCCGGGCAGGCCUGGCGCUUUGCUCCCACACCAGCCCCCGGCCCUGUGCGUGUCCACUCUGAUCCUGCGUCCCACUCCCUGGGAGCCAAUAAAGUGCAUUUUCACAGUC